AUGAAUAUCUGUGGUCCCGGUGCUCGUGGUUGCGGCGAUUUCGCACAGCUAUUGCAAGUGGGCGAUAACGAUAACUUUUGGGAUACAUGGAAUCCCACCAAGUCGCCACCAAUCCCAUCCAUCAUUGAGGUAUCCAUCGCGAGCGACGGCGACGAUGACAUCGUUAGUCUGCUUUCCGAAGUUGAAGUCGCAAAGUCAAGAAGUUUCCAACACGGCAUGAACCUGAAGCAACAGCAACGGCAGACCCAUCCUGGGGCGUACGCGGCAAUUGAUCUCGAUCAACACGACCUGAUGUUCGAGAUUGUCGAAGAUAGAGGAGAUGACUUGCGAGAGCAACGAAGACAGGAAUCGCAGCUCGAUUCGUUGGCGUGCUCCUCGUUUGACAGUCGCAUGGGUGAUACGCGCUUGAUGUGGAUGGACCAUUGA